GGGACGUUAUGAGCAUGCAUAACAGAGUGCUUCUUGUGAUUUUGGGAACUUUCCUAUUCACUAUUGCUGAAUCAAACGAAAUUAAAAGGCUUGAUGGUUACAAGUUCCCUGUAUACUCAACACCAUUUUGUCCCAGAAAUGAAUCAGAGUGGAGCAAGAGAUCAUCAUUUCUCAACUGUAACAAGACUAAUGGUUACACGUGUUUACCAAACGAAAACUUUACGGAACUGUUAGAGUUUUGUUAUAAUCAACCUUGGAUUUUGAUUGAAGAAGGUUAUUGCUUAUAUCUGCAGAAAAAAGGUUCAUACGUUGAUUCAUACAACUGUCGUCACUUUUUACAUGGAUGCCACAAUACCUCCUAUCAAAGCAUAAGAAUCUUUGAAUACCCAGCUUGCAUAUCUAUCGGUAAUGGUUGUUUUCUGGCUGAACCAUCUUGUAAAAGUUCUCCAAAAACAACAACUCAUCACCCUAAGACAGAAAAUGACAAAGAUGAUUGGUUUUUGGUCGGGAUUUUAAUAGGAAUCAUUGAGCCCAUUGUCUGCUUUUUAUCUUUUGUGCUGUACUCUAACUGUAAAAAAAGACUUCCACAAAUUUGA